AUGGCACAGGUGGCAUUCCUCGAUAACUUGCUGAGAGAAUAUCUCGUGUUUCGAGGCUUCUCCAGCACUUUAAAAGCGCUGGACUUGGAGCAGCGUACCGAGAGGGACCAGCACUUUCGGGCCGAGCGCAUCCUGGAGCAGUUUACAUAUGCCGUGCAAACGUACGACCUGCACGGCCUACGGAGCCUAUGGCUACACCUGGACAAUAAUCUGUUCACCAAGCUGGACCACACCUACGCCGUGGCCGUAAAGAAACUGGAGAACAGUCUGCUCAAGUACUAUCUGGUGACGGCCUACAGCAACCACAAGUCGGAGAAGAUAUCAGAGUUCUUCAACAAGAUGGCAGGCGAGCUGCAGCAGCAGAGCGAGUGGAAGGAUUGGUUCUAUUUCCCCUUCUGCAAGAACGCAGAAGAGUCGCCCAGCUUUGCUCUUUACUUUACCAAACAGUGGCAGGACACGUCGCUGUUGUCGCUACGCAACUUCCUGACCACCGUCUAUCAAUGCUUGCCACAGCCCUCGUUUGUGCGUGCCGAGCAGGAAGCGGCCCAUAUGCAACGGCUCAGUGAGGACAAUGUUGGCCUACGCUCUCGACUCCUACAAGCGCAGCAGGAGCUGCAACAGCAGGCGCAGCAACAGCCAGUCAGCGGUAGCUCGCACAACUUGAGCGGCGACGCUAACACGCGGCGGCGUAGUGUUUAUCGGCAUCAGCAGAGCCUAAACGAUAUCUUGCCCUUCGACAUUAGUCCGCCGGGUCACAUAGUCGACGACUUCUGCAUCAUUGCCUCCGAGGCGAACAGUGUGGGCCAGGCCAGUGAUGCGCAGGCUCGUGGGCUCAAGCUACUUAUACGCAAUAUCGGAUCUGGAAGCUCUCCAGUUCUGGGACGGAAGGAUCACGCCGCCGGCUCGGUCGGCGACAAGUCGACCAAGCGCAGAUCCGGCAGCGUGGGCCGCAGUUGGAUAUAGACAUGCAAUAAUCGUAGUAAAUCAGUGAUAGACGCAUUCAAACAUUCAUAUAUUACUGCCUGGUCUCUGUGUGUUUUUCAAUGUAUUUAUUGAUUAGCAAUUCUCCUUAGCUCGUAGACGUACAAAAGAAAGAGCAAUGCGUGUAGCGUAAUACAUAAUUGCAAUAAAUAAUGUAAAAUUACAAAUAAAUA